AUGAAACUAUUCCAACUUUUAAACAUGAUAUUUUUUGAUAUGUACUUAUAAUUUUUUAAUAAGCAACUAAAGGAAGUAUUUUUGGAAUGGAAAUGCUGGUUGUAGAUUUCUAAAUGAGCAAGAGUAUAAUUAUUACAGCUAAGACUUUAAUAUUCAAAACAAUUUUCUUAAUGAUUGUUUGUAGUCCAAAAUACUUUCCUUGA